AUGCGUCACAACAAGCAGUCGAAGCCCUUUAAAGUACUUCUUGCAUCCCCCUCUCCCACUGGGAGCUCUACGACUAACUGGGAGAAGGCAAAAAGAAAGCAUAACAACAGAAAACAGCAGCAGAAAAGUGGGAGCCGAGCGACGUCCUCAAGCUCGAAGAAGGUCAAAAGCUCUCGCAACGAAUGGCAAAGCCCGCGUGACUCGGGUACACCGGGCACCACUCGUAAGGAGAUGUUGAUGGAUAUAAAGCUCAAGUUGUUUGCUGAACGAGUGGCGCUGUCUCCGGACGAGAAGCAGCUGCGCGCCACGGUGUUUGAAGAUGUGCGCGACCUCAUUUCGUCGACUUUUCAGGACGCAACCGUGCAGCUCUACGGCUCAUCAAGUACGGGACUUGACACAUUCCGGAGUGAUCUGGAUAUAACAGUGGGCAAUAUCUCGCUGUCUUCGUCGCAGCCGCUGCCAUCAAUAACUGUGGUCGAUGAACUUGGGGAAGAGCUGGAAGACCAACAAAACGCGAGCAAUAACGAGACUGACGUGUCUGAUCCUGUGCUGGUCGAACAGGAGCAGUCUUCGUUCUCGCUGAAUUUGGCGCUGCCCAUUGGCUCUACCUCAGUCGAUAGUGCAGAUAUCACUCGUCGUGUUCAGCCCACGGCGGCUUCACACUGGAAUCCAACGCUUCGAAGGCGCAAGAUCCGUGUCCUCCGGGCUCUGCAGUUGAUGUUGAAUGCACGGAGACCUCACUUUCGAGUGAAGUGCCUGCACAAGGCCAAGAUCCCCAUCCUCAUGGUCUUGGACACGAAAACCAAGUUGGCGAUCGACAUUGGCGUCAAUAAUGAAAUGUUUGAGGCCAGCGAGCAUGGGCGCUCGACAUCUCUUGCAAGGAGGCUGCAGGCCACGCUGGGUGCACGCUUUACAAUCAUGGUCAUGUUCUUGAAGGAGUUUUUGCACCAGUUUGAGCUCGAUAAACCAUUUACAGGCGGAAUCGGCAGCUUCCGGCUGUACAUGAUGGUAGCAUUCAUCUUUCAGCAAUGCAAGCCAAAGCACGACAACGAACCGCAACCGCCGGUGUCGUCUCUGUUGCUGGCGUUCUUUGAGCUGUACGGCAACAAGAAGCUGCCGGGGUUUCUACGCGAAAAUACGCAAUUGCCGCUCGCUUUAGGGGAUAGAGGGUAUAUGGACUUCGGUGGUGUUUUUCGCAUCGAUGACUGUGUGGAGACGUUUGCCAUGGCAUUCGACAUUUUGAGCUCUACGGGAACCCUAGGAUCCAUUAUAUACGAAGAGCGUAUUGAUAAAGAUCGCAAGAAGUGCUCGAAAAAUAUGAACGGACGCUCCAUCGCUGCCACGCCAAGCCGUGAUCAUAGAAAAGUGCGCUCUUAG